AGCAUGAGGCCAAUUGUCUUUCUAGUCUUAACUUUUACUACGGCUUGUGCUGUCUCCCUGAACACAUACUGGGAUGAUAGUGACACGAAACGAUUGUCGAAGGUCCUUGAGAAUGUACUCGUAACUAAAAAAGACAACAUCGCUGCUCUUCACUUUGCGGCCAGCGGCUUGAAACUCCUCAAUGUUGCUCCACCAGCAGAUAAAGCCAAAGGCCAUUAUUUCCAGGCUGCUUGUGAGAUCGCUAAGAAAGCUGACCUCACGAAGCUUGAUGUGCUCUACCAUGCCUCUGCCCUCUCUGGCGACCUAACAGAUUGUGCUCUAACUGGUAUUGCAGAGGCACAAAAAACGAUCGAAGCCGUGCUUACCGCGCCUAACCCUAACGGCGAACGCAUCACUCAAGCGCUGCGUAGCGCCGAUCGUUUGAAUAUCAAGGUGGGGUUUUCUGUGGACAAAGCUGCUUUCGACAAGCUUCUCGCUACUACACUGAAAGACGAUUCGCCAAACAAUCUCGCUUGGGUAUUCAAUGCUGCAGCCCUGUUAGACAAAGCCCAGGGAGCCAAAUAUUUCGACAAAAUCAAGAACCUGGUGUCCCAAGCGGAUGAAGUUGACGGACGUUUCCUGCAGUUUGAUGGUGGUCUAACAACGACAUCAAACGCUAUUCAUGGAAUAAUGUCGUUAGCCGAGCAACAAGGAAAGGUCCCAGCUGUUUCGAAAGAUCAACUCUUACUGUUUACUAAUUAUCUUCUAUCUCGAAAACACGUUUCUACUGAAAAGGCUGCAUUCCACUUGCUCAGCGCCCUUGGAGUCCUUGUGAAUAAUCAUCAGCUUGUGCCAGUUGUUGCUGCUCGACUAGGGCCUGUGAUGAUUCACCGCAUGAAGCCAAUCGUCAUUGCUGUUUGCAACGUGUUUGGCUUACCUAUUACCGUGUCGGGUGUCCGGGUUGAUAUCACACCGGAAGGAGGGUCUUCACCUGUUAUGGGUAACUUGCCGCUUACACCCUCUCAGGCAUUACCAAUACUCUUUUCAUUUGGUCCUGAUAAGAUGCCCGAUUCACCUGGCUUCUACACCGUUAAUGUGAAAGCUGAAUCCCAGGACAAGAGACUUGUUGGACUAACCAGUUCGAGCAUAACUUUGAAGUUAUCCGAUGAAGUGAUGAUAGAGGAUUUCAAAGUUGGUGCCCUUGAAAAAGAUGAUGUCGUCAGCGGCGCCAACCUAGCUAGUGUUGCACAGUUCUCGAAGUAUGGAAAGGUACUUUCGGCCGACAGUACCAAACGGUUGUACAUGUCGUUCUCGGUCAAAAGCAAGGUUUCGAAUCGUUUGGUCCAACCCCAUCAAGCAUUCAUUCUAUUCAAGCAUGUCAAUGGUGCCGAAGUUUUCUACACAGCUGAUGUGCAAACUGGAGGGAAAUACCUUGUUGAUAUAAACCUUGCCAAAGCUCACAAAGAUUUCGAGGGUAUAUCUGGAAAGUAUACAGCAUACCUUGUCAUUGGUGAUGCUACCAUAAAGACUCCAAUAAACUGGCCUUUUGCGGACUUUGUGCUCUCUCUUCCACCUGCUCCUGUAGAGGUCGUACCCAAGUCCCAGCGUAUCAAUUAUGAUAAGCUGCCAGAAAUUAAGCAUAUCUUCCGUCAACCUGAAAAGAGGCCAUCCACUGUUGUUUCCGAUGCUUUCACACUGAUUUGCUUGGCUCCGCUGUUGCUUCUGUUUGUGUUGUGGCUGCGUAUUGGAUUGAACUUCGGUAAUAUGCCGCUCAACGUUUGGACCCUGAUCUUCCACGGAAGUCUUGCAGCACUAUUUGCCUUGUAUUUCGUGUUCUGGCUCCAGCUGAACAUGUUUGAGACGCUGAAAUAUCUGGCUGUGGUCGGUGGCCUAACCUACCUCGCCGGUAAUCGCGUCCUGAGGGCAAUCGCAAAUAAGAGGAAGUCGUUUGUUCAGGCCGAGCGAAUACGCCGGAAUGAAGAAAUCUGGGCGAAUCCCGAUUCAAUAGUGCAUCGCUUACCAGAACAUUACUGUAAACGAUAUUGGGAUAAUUUAUUGCGUGAUGCUACACCUGUGCAUUAUAGGCCUCCUACUUCUCGGCUGUACUGGGAUCCUGUGCGAAAGGUGGAGGUGGAAGCGGAAAAUUUUCCUUUGUAUGUUAUUUAUCCACCCGAGGCUGAUAAGGGCUUAUGGGGAGGGGAAGGUGUCGUGAAAGGAUGGAAGGAAUCCCGUCCGUAUACGAAAAAGAAGAUUCUGCCAAGGCAUUGGGUUCCUCAUCUUUACUUUCCUGCUCUUAGGAGCUACGUGCUUUAUUCAGAAAUUCUCGAUAAACAUUUAAAGGUGACUGUUACGGAACGGGCUCUACGAUUGAUCGAUGAAAACUUUGGGCUUGACUACUAUAUAUUGCGUACUCCUGAAAUUGAUCUCGCAUCGAAGUUGAAACGAGAAAUGCUUUUAACCCUUGCAAAAGAGACAUAUUAUCCAGAGGAUGAGGAACGUCACAACUAUAUCAAACAAAAGUAUAAGGAAUUUGUUAUUCCUGCCGAAGAAGCAGACUGGGUCGGAUUGGAUUUGAAUGAAGCGGCCCGCAAACAGCAGGAAAUCGAGGAGUCACAAGUACCGGAGCCUUUGAAGUACAAAUUUGAAAGAGAGUUAAUUGCUCGGCUACGAGCUGGUAAAGAUUUGAUCGCCAAUGAAGAAGAGUUUGCACCAAAGACUGAAGAAAGUAAAUUUGGUGAACGUCUUCUCGGAAAGUAUCUCAAUCCAGUAGCUAGGCGAUUUAGACGGUAG